AUGAUAGCUGUUGGGUUUAGUGGGGAGUGGGCACAGUCCUCCGUUCCGUUGCCGAUUCCCUAUGCAGUCAACUAUCUAGAAAUUCAGAUACGAGAAAGUGAUAAAUCGCCCAAAUCUCACGAUGUUUGUGGUUUUUCACGUCCUCCUGAUGCAGAUCUGGAUUGUUUCAUUGGCGACAUGGAUCCGGGAGAAAUAGUGGUAACCUCCAUUAAACCUGGUCUGAAGAGAGAGUAUAACAUGAUGAUGAAGGCUCAGGGGGAAUUGAUUAGGUCUUCAAGAGAAGGUGGAAGAGUGACGAGGUCGCUAAGCGCCAGUGGUUCCAGGCGAGCAAACACAAGGAGCGGUGGUAUGAUAAACAGAAAAGUCAAGGGAUCUGUUCCUAAGAAAAUGAAAAAAGACAAAAAAGGAUCAGAAGAGGAGCCAGAGGUGCCUGAGAAGGAUGGAGCACAGGUAGAGUCCACCAUAGAGUGUGAAUCGAGAAAUUUGGAGCCAGAAUUCAUUAUUGUAGAUGGGACCUUGACACAGGAAUUGCAGCCCAAUUCUAGGGAAGAAGAGGACGUGAGGAUGUUGGAGAACGGCGAAAAUUUGGAUAUUGUAGAAGUGCCAAUGGGAGAUGUAGUACAGGCACAGUCUAAUUUAGGAAAUGAUUCAAGAAGUUUAGAGGCAGAGUUAGUAGCUGUGGAGAGUAGUGAGGCAGAGAAGAAAGUGGGGGCGGAUUAUAAGGAAGCUGUGGACCCCCAGGUGUUGGGCAUAGAGUUACCAUCGUCUCAGGGUGGAGUUAGUGACAUAGAUUUUACUCAUGAAGGCGAAAAAACAAAUGAAGGAGUCUCUGAUUUAGGAUGUGAGAUAAUUGGAGAGGCUACAAGCAGGACUGAAGAAAAACCACUGAGGAGGCACACUCGGGAUUUGAAACAGCAACAGGAGGAGUCUUUUCUUGAGGCACCAACUAGAGAGAGUAAAAGUGCAGCAACUUUGACAGAUAGCCGGUGUAAACGCGAAAUGAAGAUGUCGAAGAAGGUCGAGCUGAGGAAGGUGCCUUUAAGGUUGAAGGAUCUUCUAGAGACUGGACUCUUGGAGGGUCUCAGUGUUAGAUACAUCAAUGGCUCUAAGAGGAGGAGGCAUCCUGACACAGAACUUCAGGGAGUUAUUAGGGCAGCGGGGAUAUUAUGUAAAUGUAGUGAAUGCAAGGGGAAAGAGAUGGGUUUAGAACAAAUUUUCCAUGUUUUCUUGUUUAUGUUUCCAGGGUUGAUUCCUGAAUCUGGUGCUGGCAGACAAAUGCUUCUGUGUGAUUCUUGUGUUCUACCUAAGGAUUCUGAUCCGGGACACAUCCAGAGCAGUGAAGUCACCCCUAGGUCCCCGUUUGUUGGGUCAUCACCACCGGUAGUCUCUGUUUGCCAGCCUGAAGUUCCAGAAAGUGCUCGACUUUCUUCACAUAAACAACCUCAAAGUCAAAGCAAACGUCAAGGGAAGCUAACACGAAAGGAUUUGAAAAUGCAUAAAUCUGUCUUAAUGGAAGAUCUGCUACCUGAUGGUACUACUUUGUCGUAUGUCAUGCAUGGAAAGUUCUGCUUUUCUUUGUUUCGAGAAGGCUUGAAGGUUAUAAGAAAGAUGGUGCUAUCUUCUGCACAUGUUGCAAUAGAUUGGUAUGGGGAUGUGGUUAUGUGCGAGAAAGAGUAUCAUAUCAGCUGCCUGAAGGAGCAGGGGAUUGCUGACUUGGAUGAAUUGCCGGAAGGUGAGUGGUUUUGUUCUGAACGGUGCAGUACUAUCCACGUGGCUCUUCAAAAUUUUAUCGGUGCUGGGGAACAGAGUCUUCCAGAAGAUCUCUUGAAUAUUUUGAGAGGGAAAAUUGAAACCCAAAAUCCAUCACAAGAUAUUGACACAAAAGGUCUAUCACAAGAUAUUGACGCAAAAGACCCAUCACAAGAUAUUGAUGCAAAAGACCCAUCACAAGAUAUUGAUGCAAAAGGUCCAUCACAAGAUAUUGAAGCGAAAGGUCCAUCUCAAGAUAUUGAUGCAAAAGGUCCAUCACAAGAUGUUGACAUCAGGUGGAGGCUGCUGAACGGGAAAAAAGCUUCUGAGGACACAAGAGUGUGGCUCUCUGGUGCUGUUUCCAUAUUCCAUGACCGUUUCGAUCCAAUUGCUGAUUCAAGCACGGGCCGUCUUGACCUCAUUCCUCACAUGGUUUACGGGAGGGCUUUCAAGGACCAGGAUUUCUGUGGCAUGUAUUGUGCUAUGCUGAUGGUUGGCUCGGUUGUGGUGUCUGCUGGGAUUGUGCGAAUAUUUGGUGAAGAAAUUGCUGAGCUUCCUCUUGUGGCAACGAAGAGCGAGUACCAAGGGAAGGGCUAUUUUCAGUCUCUAUAUUUCUGCCUUGAGAGGCUUUUGGCGUCCCUUGGUGUAAAAGGUUUGGUGCUGGCUGCUGCUGAUGAGGCAGAAUCUUUGUGGACGAAUAGAUUUGGCUUUGCAAAACUUGGCGAAGAAGAGGUUGUUAUCAUUGGAAGAGUACCAGAAGAAGUAUCAAAUGAUGAUAUUCCAGGGCACAUCCGUUCUUCACAAGGCGAUCACGAAUGCGUGAAAACAGUUGCCUUUUUUUUGUUUUUUUGGGUUCAUGUACAGAAACUGAAGGGUGUUUUUGCUUCUUCUGUGGGAAACUUGAAACUACAUUCUUUGUUAUUGGAUUUUUGUCCAUAUUCUUAGAAUGUACAUUCUCUAGGUUUUAAUACCUCCAGGUUUUGAGAUCCAAUGGUUGAUCUUAGGUGACGACUUAAGGAUGUUGUGGACGAUUGCUUGUUGGGUCUGUUUUGUGCAUGCCUGGAGAUUGUUUUUGGCUUUUGCUCCUCUUAAGACAAAAUUGGCAAUGGUUUAUCCUUCAGCAGUCUUCAGUUAAGCUUAUUUGAUUUCGUCUCAUAAUUUAAUGUGGGGGUAUGCCUUUGCAAGAUUCUCUUGGAUAUUAAAUUGACGAGAUCUGGAGCUAAAUGAAGUUGUUAUGCAUUCUUCUGAAUGCUUCCAGUGGGUGAAUAAAUGAUUUCAGCCAGUAGAAUGA